CCUCGAUGUGUUGCACAGUUCAAGUUGGGGUCACUCGAAGUUCCUGCCCUCGGUUUUACCUUUUAGUUUUAUUAUAGACUGACAUCACACGGGGCGCUAAAACACUUACGGCGCAUAGAAGCCCCAUUAUCAUCUCCGCGCGUAUUAUUGCUUCGGUACAAAAAUAGACGAGGAAAUUACUAAAAUACAAAAUCGGAGGAAACUGAUGCUGGACUAAGCACGUAUUUUAUAGGAGGGGGAGAGGAAGAGAGAGAGGAAGAUUCAGAGAGGUGGAUGCAGAGAGAGAGAGAGAGAGAGAGAACGAGAACGAGAGAGAGAGAGAGAGAGAGGGAGAGAGAGAGAGAGAGAGAUCCAUAGCAAUUAAUAAUAAAGAGUUGGCAGCGGUGCUUGGAAAACUGGCAUGGUUUUUGGAGGCUGGCAGUUCAAAGUUGAGACGUCAGAAAUGACUCCAAUAGAGUGUUGAGAUGAUCAUUAAGGGAGACUUAGAGCGGAUGGCAGAAGAGUUCGGGCAUCCAGUUAUUUACCUGUUGUAGGUGGCACUCUGAAGACGAUGUUGGAUGCCAUGGAAGUCCCGAGUCACGCUAGGCACCUCCUCCUCCAGUUGAACUCACAGCGCACCAAAGGCUUCCUGUGUGAUGUCAUCAUCGUGGUGCAGAACGCCCUCUUCCGCGCUCACAAGAACAUCCUGGCCGCCAGCAGCCUGUACCUGAAGUCCCUGGUGGUCCACGACAACCUCAUCAACCUGGACCACGAGAUGGUGAGCCCGGGCGUGUUCCGGGUCAUCCUGGACUACAUCUACACGGGCCGGCUCAACGAGGGCGACCAGGGCUCGGGCGCGGAGCCCAACCUGGGCGCGGUCCUGGCGGCGGCCAGCUACCUGCAGCUGCUGGACCUGGUGGCGCUGUGCAGGAAGAAGCUGAAGAGGAACGGGAAGUACCACCACCUGCGGCCCAUGCAUGGCUUCGCGCCCUACGCCAAGAUCGGGGUUGGAGGAGGGGGCCGGUACCGCGUGUCUGCCCCCGUCAUCCAGUCCUGUUUCCCCGGGGGAGUUCUGAACAGACCCCCCCAGUCGGAGGAGCUGCCACCCCACCCUCUGGUCACUCACGUCGGGGAGAUGUACGCGCCCCCGUCCUCUCAGGGUCCCCAAAUCUACCCUGCGCCCCCGCCGGCCCUCCCCUUGCUGCCCCAGUCCAGCCUGAGGUCGAGCGCCCCGGAGAGGGACUGCUCCCCGCUCUACGGUCUCGACCUAACCAAGAAGAGCCCCGACUCCCAGUCGCAGCCAACGCUGUCCCACCCCGCCCUGUCCCACGCGCUCCUGCACCACGACGAGGGACGCCACAGCCCCGCCCCUCCCGGAACCAACGGGGGGCCUCUGACCCAAAGCAACGACUCGGCCUUCUCCGGGGAAGCGGAGGCAGAGGAGUACAAGGGCUCCCUCUCCUCCCACCCCCACCUGGCGCCCCGCCUCCCCCACUUCCACCGCUCCGACUCCCGAGGCCCGGACCCCUACCCCUGCCCGCCCAGCGCGGGCUCCGAAACCGGGGGCGAGGGGGCAGGAGAGCAGGGCAGCGAGGGGGGAAAGGUGUACCGCUGGGUCAAGCCUGAGCCCUUGCCCUAUCCCCCCGAGGACGAGGAGGAGGACGACGAGGAAGAGGAGGACGAGGAGGAAGGGGCCGGAGGAGACCGGGGGAAAGAGACCAACCACCGGCAUCACAACCACCACAAAAACGGCGAGGAGCACAAGCUGGGCGGGGCCGGGCGGCCGGGAGGGUACGGGUGCGAGGGGGAGGACGAGAAGAGCGGCUCGGCCAGCGAGGAGACGGGCAGCAGCGAGGGGCGCCCCUCGCCCAUCUUCCACAUGCCGUACGAGCCCGAGAGCUUCGGGGACAACCUGUACGUGUGCAUCCCCUGCGACAAGGGCUUCCCCAGCUCCGAGCAGCUCAACGCGCACGUGGAGACCCACACCGAGGAGGAGCUCUACGGCCACCCGGCCGGCGAGCUGGGCAGCAGCAACGGCCACGGCGGCGCCGGCGGCGGGAGCAACGCCACCAACGUCAACCCGCCUGCCAACAGCCUGUCGGCCCCCCUGGGCCUGGGGGCGGGCUCGGGGGCGGGGUCUGGUGAGGUCAUCCGCCCGUACCGCUGCUCGUCCUGCGACAAGUCGUACAAGGACCCGGCGACCCUGCGGCAGCACGAGAAGAGCCACUGGCUGACGCGGCCGUACCCCUGCAGCAUCUGCGGCAAGAAGUUCACCCAGCGCGGCACCAUGACCCGCCACAUGCGCAGCCACCUGGGCCUCAAGCCCUUCGCCUGCGACGCCUGCGGCAUGCGCUUCACCCGCCAGUACCGCCUGACCGAGCACAUGCGCAUCCACUCGGGCGAGAAGCCCUACGAGUGCCAGGUGUGCGGCGGCAAGUUCGCGCAGCAGCGCAACCUCAUCAGCCACAUGAAGAUGCACAGCGGGGGCGGCGUGGCCGACGGCAAGCUCAAGAUGGACUUCGCCGACAGCAUCUACCCGCUGGGCAAGUACGCCGAGCACCUGGGGCUCAAGCACGAGAAGGCCUCCGCCCUCCUGGCCCAGGCCUCCCAGCACCUCCUGGCGGACGCCAAGGCCAUGGAGAGCCUGUACCCGCUGUCCAAGCUGGCCGCCGAGCACCUGGGGAUCAUCCACGACAAGAUGGAUACCCUCCGGCAGCCGCUGGGACCCCCUCCCCCCUCCCAGCAGCUCUCCUCAGAGCCCAGAGCCAUCGACCGCUACUCCCCCAGCUAGAGGGGGUGAGGGACCCCGGACCGGAGCCAACGCUACCCACACCCACCCCCUGCCACCCGUCCCCCUGUGACUGUGCCCUCUUGGUUGUUAAGCCAUAACACACAAAGGCAGCCAAAGGCAAAGCUUUGUGUGCCUUAAAAUUGGAAGCACUUAGAAGUCUGCUUACCCCUGACCCCACGUGUGCCUGAGCCUCACAGGGAGGGGCCCAGACGCACGCUUGCUUCACUUCAGAGAAGCGGGAAAGAAACAGGCGAGCAGACAUUUACGGACCUGUAAAAAGUGCCUUUUCAAAUUCUGCAGUGUGUGCACUUAAAAAAAUCAUUCUGAAAUGAAAAGGACAAACUUGCGUGGAAACACAAACCAAAGCAGUAUCAUAUUUUUUUAAAGUCGUUUCUACAAAGAACUGUUAAGCUGUCGAGCCAAAAAAGGUGAACAAGCAUGUUUUCUGCCUUUUUUUUCCAUUUUUUUAAACUUUCAUAUUCAAAAGCCAAAGAACACGGCGGAAUAAAGACAUUGUGAAACAUGUUGCAGUCAUAUCCUAUAACUGUGUACUUAAUAAUUGUAAAUUUAGAGCAAUAAAGAAAGAGGAACCAAACGCAAAGCACAUAGAGACAUGAUUCAGGGCUUCUGUCCAGGCCCGAGGAGGAACUUGGACAGUAGGAAAAGCCAAACCUUUGGGAACUUACAGUGCUCAGAAGACUUUGUUUUUUUGCAUUCUGUUGUUGUUCAGACUACCACACUUCCUCCUAUCCCCACCCAUCAGGACUGCCCCACUCUUCUGUGUAUGAGCUCACUAACUGCUCUAACGCUGUCUCCCCCCAGCCCUUGUUUUCUUGAAUCACGCUGAAGAAUGUGUUCGGCAGGACUAUAAAUCACAGCACGAUCGCCUGGAAAACCCUUGCACCCGAAACCAAAAACCAACCGGCUUACCUGGUGUUCAGUGCUCAGUCCUAUAUGCAAAUAGCGCCGUAUUGACCCGGCGAAACCGGUUCGGUCUGGGCUACACCGGGAGCAGGUGUGGCAGAGAAUGGUCAUGUGACCACUAGCCCAAACACGGGAGGAUAAGCGCUGUCUUGCCGUCGUGGACAUGCGGUGCCCUCCCCCAUCCCCCCGAAUUACAAGGCUGGGUUCUGUUGUUUAUGAAAAUCUGCUCAUGUGACGGCUCCCCGCUGGGCCGCCCCCGUCCCCGUGGCCUGCAGCCGGGCGGGGCCGCCGGACCCCUCCAGCUGCUCCAGUAGUGUGAAAUCUGUGAAAUCCCAGAUCCUCCCGGACGGGUCGCGCUGCCGUCCGACCCCCCCCCCCCCCAAACCGUCGACACUACUGCCGCUGCCCCCGCCGUCCACACGCACCCACUCCCUCAUCCCCCACACGCUCCCCCCGCCGUCCACACACACGCACUCCCCUCAUCCCCCACACGCUCCCCCCGCCGUCCACACGCAGUCCCCUCAUCCCCCACACGCUCCCCCUGUUCCGCUGCCAUCCAGCUGCUGCCUCCUGUUACCCCGCCAUGCAGCUGGGGGCCUGCACCGCACACGUUCAGGCCUAAAUGGCGUUGGGUAAGACACUCCUUAAAUAUUUACCCUUUAUUCACACAUAACCCCACAUCCCCUAAUCACAACCACCCCCCCUUCAGACAGCUUCUCCAGAGUCAUUAAUGAGCGCAAUCCAUUUCGUUUUCAGUGUGCAUUUAACACAUUCACACCUUCUGCUAACACCGUGAGCAAUCCCAAAACAUGCCCCAUUAGUCUCCUCACAGGCAGGCAGGCAGGCAGGCAAUAAUACAUACGUGAUUAACGGCUGUGCAAGGAACACAAACAUUUCAAAUAACAGUCGAGGGGAGGGGGGAGGAGAAAAAAAAAAGUCUCAGAGGAAUGUUUUCACCCGCAACGUCUGCCGUCUCGAAAGCCCAACUGAAACAAGCUGCUGAGCAGCAGACGAUGCCGGAGACGGAUCGGAAUUCUGCGGACCGUGGGGCGGCUGCGUCGCGGUGUCCCGAGCCGAACGCGGCGGGCGCGGUCGCUGUGAAACGAGCGCAUCCCCAUCGCCCCCCCGCGUCCCAGACCGGGACACUACACAAGGGCACGUGGGCGGACCUGUGGAGGAGGUAGGGGCCGCUCUAACGUGUCUAAAGUGCCUUCCCUUUUAGAACAAUGCCUUUAGGGUUAAAAAGAGCCUUCUUUCCUGUAGCAUUUCAGUGUAUCACGUUCGUCUCAGCACGGAAGUCACCGUGCCUAAUUAAAGGUCUAGGCUGACGUGUGUGUUCGGGGCACUUAUUUUGACUUUUUUUUGUGAGGGGGGGUGGGGGGGGCAUGGGUGGGGCAGGGAUAUUAACAGUCAUUCUGUGUACAACCUGUGGAUAAUUUUUUCUUGUUAUUAUAGUUAUGAUUGUGUUUAAAUGAUUUUUUUUUUCUUUUUCUGAAAUGAUGCCAAUGAUUUCAACGAUGUGCAUUUAUGUUAAUAUGCAGUUAUCACCUUACUUCCUGUGACACUUUUGUUUAAAGCCCAGAGGUCUUGCUGUUGUCACAGUUCAAAUUUUAAUAAGGCAAAGUCAGUCUAAUUUAUUUCAGCGAUUUGAUAACGAUCUCAGGAGCACGUUCAAUAUUUCACAGACCGCAUUCAGAACAGAGGCCAUAGCGCACAUUUAAUUUUUACGUUUUAGUUUUGCAUCGACGCCGUCGGUCAAAACGCAGAUCACUCCAGUCAUAACGAGCUCUGAGAAGCCAAAAGAUGGGCCGCCUCAAAUAUGCGCCUUGAGGUGAUUAAGCCGAAGCCAAACCCCAGUGUGGCGCUGCGGAUCUGACAGGCAUUUAAAUGAGACAGAUGUGCGCUGUUGUGUGGGCGGGGUCGCGCUGAACUCUGGACGGACUCCGAAGGCAGGGGCGAUGCCGGGCGAGGGCAGGAGCACGCAGGCACGCAAGACCCCGCGCCCAACCGGCGCGUGAGGUGGCAGCAGGCGCGGCGUCCCCACGCGCUCCAAACGCACAGCUGAACAGCAAAUGGAGCUGGCGAGAUCAACGUGCAACAAAGAAAAAAAAAAUUAAUGCGAGCCGAGAUUUAAAAAAAAAAAAAAAAAAAAAACGUAAGAGCAUUGCUGUGCACGGGCAACCACAUGUGGAAAAAAGAAAAGAAAAAAAGAAGUGAAAUCGAAAUUCAAUCAAAUUGAUGCAAGAAACCUGUUACACACUGAUUAACUUCAGAGUUAAUCAGUGAUGAGGUAUUCAGUUGAUCUAACAAAACAAAGCUAAAUGUACUUCUGGUAAAAUAUUUUUCCUUGGUAAACAAGGAGGGGAUAGAGAGUGAAUGUUUUUAAUACUGAACGUUGGUCAUCAGAGAGCACAUUCCCUUCCUCCCUGUCAUUCGUUUGCUUGCCCUCUUUCUCCCUCAAUUCACACGCAUGCUCUCAUUGACCAUCUCUAUCUCGCUCGCUCGAUUCAACUGACUGUCUUUUUCUCUCCCCCUCUCUGCCAUUUGCUUUCCUGUCAGACAAAACACAAGAAAAAACAAAGGGAAAAUGUUUCCACCGCUGCCAUAAGUCCUAAGAGGAAAGACAGGGUGAGCGAGAGGGAGGGAAAGCCAGAGAGAGAGAGAGAGAGAUAGAGGGGGAGGAAAGAGAGACAGAGAGUUCUGGGUUAUUCUGUGUAGGUUGUUAGGGGCUCUGAGACUGUUUGGUACAAGGCCAGAGGUCAGGGAAGUCUGCUGGUGUGUGUGUCUGUGUGCGUGUGUAUAUGAGCGUGUGUGUGUGUGUCUGUGUGCGUGUGUAUAUGAGCGCAUGUGUGUGUGUGUGUGUGUGUGAGAGAGAGAGAGGCUGAAGGGGGGGGGUUGGGUUGGGACUUCUGGCUCAGCAGUAACCCAGGACAGGAUGUGCUGUGUGUUUCUGCUCAAAGCCAGAGAAAGAGAGAUAUGGAGACAGGGAGGGAGGGAGGGAGGGAUGGAGAGAGGGAGAUAGAGAGUGCAGGGGAAACUCGGGGCUAUUGUCUGAAGGUGGAAGUGCAGUCCAUCCUCUCAAUGAGCCAGGCUGCUGUCCAUUGAGAAAAAAAAGCUCGCUGCUCAUCUUUCUGCACACUUUCUUUUUUCACGUCCAGUCGGGAAAAAGCUGUCAGACCGCUUCAUCUUGGCCGUUUAACCCCUGGUGUGUGUGCGCUGGCCCGGCCUAGCCUAGCCUAGCCUAGCCUAGCCAGAACGCCACUGUCAGACUGCCAGAAACAGCCUGAGCACAAACAGACUGUGGAAGGAUGAGUUUGUACAGCCAACAAGGCAGACCCAUAAAUUUGCACAUCAACAUCUGCAUGAAUAACCGCAGCAAUAACCAAAGCAAGUGCAAAACAAUCCUAUGGAUAUGUAUUAAAGUCAAUGACCGAUGGUGUAACAGUAAAGAACUGCUCUUCAGCUCCUUCAAUCUAAAAAAAAAAAAUAAUAAUAAUAAUAUGAAACUGAUUGCACAUGAGGAGUUGAAGUGCAAAAACUAGUAACACAUAUCAGGCGUGCCAAAAAUGACAGGAAAUCAGAAUAUACGUCAACUGCAAUGCAGUGAAGAUUUAGUGAUUUGCAUGGGUGAUGUACCAUGCGAAAUAAAAAGGAGUUACUACCGAAGCUGAAGGCUGACAUUGAGGACGUAGCGCUGUCUGAGGGUCUAUGCGAGAGAAUGACCAGAAGGGAACGCGUUCACGCCACCGUCCAAAGCCUGACCGUGUUCCAAAGUGCUGCUAUACCGGUGAACAGUGUGGAACAGGAGGUACAGGGACACAUUGGGAUCACACUGACAAACAGAACACAACCCGUCCACUUUGCCUUAUUAAAGUAGAUCCUAGUGACAGGAGAGUGAGGUCUCAUCAACUAGCCAAUGGGUGGAGCUGCAGUGAGCUGUCAGUCAUUGACCUGUCUGAACCAAUCAGAAGAUUUAGCGCUCCAACAGCAGAACAAACGAGAAGAUUGACAUCAGUGAGUCCCUGAUAGUAUAAAGGCGCAAACAUUUUUGGUUUUAGGAGGUCUCAUUCUCCCAUUUGCAUCACACUGUGUAAGGGACCAUCUGAAAAGGGCUCUGAACACAAGCUCCUCUGGGACUUUGCCUUAUUAAAACACCCAUUCUCCCCUCCCUAAGACGUUAAAAACAGAGGAGGAACACGAUCACCAAGGCGGGAUUUUUAGCAUGAAAUGCGAACUUGCCUUGUCAUUCUGAAAAUACCAAAAAAAAGGGCUUUAAGGUUUAAAAAGUGUCAAUACUGCCUUUUUUGUUUUUGUUUUGUUUGCUUUUUUAUUUUUCCAUUUUUGCAGGGAUUAUUUAAAAAAUAAAUGAAUAGCUAGAUGGAAAAAGUAUUUACUGAAAACUGUUUAAGGGUCAGCCUGUGUAUUGGGAAUUUUCAACUGUGGCACAGACCAAAUCAAAAGCUGGACCCACAAAUCACUCAUUGCAAACAGCUCCCUGGUGCUUUCUGGCACUUGCUAAUGGGAGGUGGGGGUCGUGGGGGCAGCUGUGCCUGCCCAUGGGCCCCAAGCGUGGGGGUGUGUGAUGUGUGUUAGGGUCCACUCUGAGCCUGAUUGCACCUGUGUGUGUUUCGAGUGUGUAUGUUGCGUACGUGAGUGUGUGUGUGCGUGUGUGUGUGUGUGGGGCUGUCUUUGAGUUUCCCCAGAGUCCAGCAGUGUGAAAUAGGAAGGAGAGUGGGAUUUCGUACUUUAUUACAUCCAGCUGUUUUGGGUUUAUUCAUAAAAACCUGCGCACUUUUCCUGAAAGGGUUCAAACCACGACCGUGUUCCCUUCGCGACUCCCCUGCUUAGACCACUCGCCCACUUUCUGCUCUCUUCGUGAGCCUCCCCACCCCCCCCAUUCCGCCCCCGCCCAUUCGAACCUCUCCUCUCCCCCACCCUCCCGCUCCUCCCUGCGAAGCAGGCACUUCCAGCUGGUCUUCACGCUGAAGAAGACAGUUGUCCAAAUGUUUAUGCCAGCAACUGCUUUCUUUUUCUUAACGCCCCAAUCAAACGCGUCAAAAUACUUCCAUGUUGAGAUGGGUCAAGUAAAUAGAAAAGGGGGAAAAAAAAGGGUCGUUUUGUUGUUGUACUUUGCAGAAGACAUGAGAAAGAGGAUCGAAAACAAGAGCGAAAAAAAAAACGCAACGAAAGGCAAACCCCUGAGAACCAGGAAGUGAGUGAUAAUGUCAGGAGAUUAUGGACAAAGGAAAA